UUUUCCAUGAAUUUGAAAUAUUGUUUGAAAUAGUCUAAUUUGAGACAUGGAAAAGUAUAAUUAUUUCAAAAUGUGGAAACUUUUUCUCUGGGUAUUUACAAUUUUCAAAACUGCUAAAGCUGAAGAUGAUACCGAUGAAGAUCAUACCGCAGAGACCGGAAAUAUGUUGGUUUUCAUUGCUGCAUUGAUGCUCACUAUCAUAACAACAUUUGCUUUCAGAUUUCGAAGUAUUCGUUUUGUUCAUGAAACUGGGCUUUCCAUAGUUUAUGGACUCAUCAUUGGUGCAAUACAAAGAUAUGGAACCCAUGAUCCUGAAGGCACAUCAUCACACCAAGAUCUUUUAUGUUCAGAAGUCACAAAUUUAUCCCAAGUAGAGUCGUCCAAUAAAACGGUCGUUUUCAAUCACACAAGCUAUUAUUGUAAAUUAACACCAAACCAAUAUGAAAAGGAAUUAGACAAGGUUGGAUUCAAACCUGAAAUAUUUUUCAACUAUCUGCUUCCACCUAUUAUAUUUUAUGCAGGAUACAGCCUCAAAAAGAGACAUUUUUUUCGAAACAUUGGUACCAUUUUAACAUUUGCAUUUAUCGGAACUACAAUUUCUAUGUUGGUUAUUGGAUCAAUAUCAUAUGGAUUUGUUCAAAUCAUGGAAAAAGUGCAUCCUCCAACGCAUGUCAAUGAUAAAUUUGAGUUUGUUGAUUGUAUGUUAUUUGGUGCAAUCAUAUCAGCUACAGAUCCUGUGACUGUGUUAGCAGUUUUCAAAGAAUUACGCGUCGACGUCAACUUAGAUGCAAUGUUGUUUGGUGAAAGUGUCCUCAACGAUGCCGUUGCUCUUGUUCUUGUCACCUCGAUCAAAGGAUACAAAACUUCUCUCUUGAAUACUAAUCAAAAAGAUUUUGAUGUUGAAGCAUUUUUCUCAUCUCUUGGAAUGUUUCUUGGAAAAUUUCUGGGAUCGUUUGUAAUCGGAUGUGCAGUUUCAUUUGUUACAGCUCUCUUCACCAAGUUUACAAAGAUAGGUCAAUUUCCAGUGAUGGAGACUUCAGUGUUUUUUUUAUUAUCAUGGUCUGCGUUUCUUCUGGCUGAAGCUGUUGGAUUCACAGGAAUUGUUGCUGUUCUCUUUUGUGGUAUCACACAGGCACAUUAUACAUACAACAACCUAUCAUCGGAGUCGAAAGCUCGAACGAGACAACUCUUUGAAGUCUUGAAUUUUCUUGCUGAGAAUUUUAUUUUUGUUUACAUGGGUACUGCAAUGUUCACAUUCCAGCAUCAUCAAUGGAGACCAAUUUUUAUUGUUGGGGCUUUUCUUGCUGUAAUCAUAUCAAGAGCAUGCAACAUUUAUCCUCUGACAUUUUUAUUGAAUCUUGGAAGGAGGAGAAAAAUAGCAAGAAACAUUCAACAUAUGAUGAUGUUCUCGGGACUGCGUGGGGCCAUUGCAUUUGCGUUGGCAAUCAGAGUCACAAAUUCAACGACUGAGCAAAUCAUAUUUACAACAACAUUAUUGAUUGUAUUUUCUACCGUCUGGUUACUUGGAGGAAGCACAACGCAAAUGUUGACGUGGCUUAAUAUCAAAGUUGGUGUUGAUCCAGAUGCACCUGAUGAAUAUGACAUGCAGAGUAAUAACCGACAGGACAGUAGUAAUGUGGAAUAUGAACUAUGCAAUACUGUUAUUGAUGCUGAGGUUGAGGAUCAAGCCAACGAUGGAGGAUCAAUAUCACAGAUACCUCACAAUCGAUCAUUUUUACGAAAAUAUAAAGAUAGUGCUUGGGUGUUCAAGCAUUGGUAUAAAUUUGAUAAAUACUAUUUGAAGCCAUUUCUAACCCAUGCUGGACCACCACUCACAACUACUUUGCCGAAUUGCUGCAGACCUUGCGCUAAUUGUUUAACAUCAAUAAAUGCAUAUGAGACUCAGCAUAAUAAUCAAGACAGCGAUUCAGAAUUUAUUUUGAAUGAUGAUAAUUUGUCUUUCGGAGAAGUUGGAUCACAGACCCCACAAGCUGAAAGAAGUCGAAUAUCAAGUGUCACUGAUUCCAAAAUUGCUUCAACUUCUAUCGGUGAAAAUGGGUUGGUUGCAUCAACUUCUCACACACAAUUCGGUAGUGAUGGAACACCACCUCCCAUAUCUCCAGGAAUUAUCGCAGAUCAGCCAAAAGAUGCAGAAGGGGAAUCAAAUUCGAAUAACAACCACAUGGGGCAACGUAAUCAAACUGGUCCAUACCAACUCCAAAAUCUUACUGCAGUUGUUGACGACGGCAAUUUGCAAGGUGCAUCCUCUGGAGUUGUCACAGUAGUUGUGGGCAGCCCGAAUAGCGAAACACCAAUUCAUUCUAUGAUUGGACAACAACCAUUGUGAUCUGUAUAUCUCAUUUCAUAAUUUCAUUCGAAAAUUAUGAUAAUGGAGUUAUUACCACUUUGGCUGUAAAAGGAUCAAUAUGAUGCUUACUGAUUGUGUUUUGGCUGAAUCCUCGGAUAUCCAGAAUAAAUUAUAUAUAAUAUGAAACGAAAACCGAAUAUAUUCAGUAUUUUAAAUUUCAGGAUUGCUUUAGUACGGAGGUUCCCGAACACACUGUAAUACAAAUCACAGCGCUCGGUAGUAAAAUUUCACUUUAUUAACAUUAUGUUAGGGCGAAAAAAAGAUUCAUAAAACAUUUACAUUUAAUCAAUGCUAUACAUGAGCUUGAUUUUCUGCACAGGGGAAAUCAUAUUUAUAACAGCUGAAUGUCUGAUAUACGCAAUCACGCUUCGUUUUCAAAGUGUAUUAUAACAGAUUUGAUCAUUUUAUGUCAAGUUCUUAACAAGAUCAUAUAAGCAGUAAUUUGUAGAACAGAGAUUCCUAUUUGCGUCAUCCCAAAAAGUUUUGGAACUGCAAUUUUAAAAUAUCUUCAUCUGAAAAUUCAUGAAAUUGACACCAAAUUCCACUUUUCACUUGGCAAAUCUAUGUUAAGCACUAAUAUCCCAUAUUUUGUUUCACAAUGUCGGCUCCUUUGAAUAGCCUACAUACUAUUAAACAAGAAGUACCGUUUCUCAUUUCAAAUAUGUCAGAAUUUAGAGUGUAUUGCAUAAUCAUUUUUUUCAAAUCUAUUUAAAAUAGUACAUUAUAUAGUUUUGGACAUCCCUAUUUUAAUUGUAUGUAUAAUAUUAAAAAGUCAGUUAUAUUAAUUAGUGUUUCAUUGUGAUUAUGAUACUAGAUAUUAUUAUUUAUAUCAUAUAUAUAAAAGUAUAUUAUGACAAACAUAAAAUUGUCAUAUAUAAUGUAUUUAAGUGAUCAUUUGGUAUAUUAAUAUAGCCUACUCCAUAUUUUAUUUUGCUCGAAACCUUUUUCCUUUGCAUGUUUAGCAAUGUUCUGAUUCCUGUUUUAUGCACCAUUUUUAGUUUUUCGAUUCUUUUGGCAUGUAUUGAAAGUUGAAAAUAACUUUGGAAUAAUAAGUUUGGAUCAUGUAUGUGAAUAUGUAUGUUCGAACCACAUCAUCAUUGAUCAUUUUUUUAACGAAGUGAACCUAAACGACACACUGCCUUUUCGAUAGUUUUCAAAUGUUGUUUUCAAGUUUUUCAUAAUUUGUUUUAUUUUUGCUGUCUGCAUACUUACUUUGAAAUCAUGACCGAUAGUUUGUAAUGGCCUCUACUACACAUGUGCAUAUACGAGAUCACAAAAUUUUGCAUUAUUCUUGAAUCAAUGUUAUUUUAUCCCAGUUGAAAUUGUAUUUACUCAUUUUUUUAUCAUUUUAAUGGCAUGCAAUGUACCAGUCCCCUGAUUAGAUAUUCU